GCGGGCCCCGCCUGCAUCCCCUUGCCCUGGUUCCCCGAGAAAGGCGGCUCGGCCCCGGGAAGGACCGAGCGGGUGCCCCGGCUGCCUCAGAGGUCGGAAGAGGGCCCGGUUUCUUGCUGAGGGGGCGGGAGGCGGGAGUGGGGGUCCGUGUCACCUCCGCUCGGACAGAGACGGCGGCGUACUUAGUUCUAAAACAAUAACUAUAAGCCAGCUCCUUAUAAUUUACGCCACAGCCGAUGAAAUUGUAACUGGAAUCAAAGACUUCGAUUUAAAACGACCAGGAUGGCACAAAAGAAAUACCUACAAGCAAAACUGACCCACUUCUUAAGGGAAGACAAAAUUCAACUUUGGAAACCUCCAUAUACAACUGAGAACAAAGAAGCUGGUUUGGUUUUGAAGGAACUUGCAAAGAGAUAUUCAGACAAACUAGAAUGCUGUGAAAAUGAAAUAGAAAAAAUUAUUGAAGAAAUACGUUGUAAAGCAAUUGAACGUGGAACAGGAAAUGAAAAUUUUAAAACCACAGGUGUUGCUACAAUUGAGGUAUUCUUGCCUCCAAGACUAAGAAAAGAUAAGAAAAAUUUGUUGGAAACCAAACUGCACAUCACUGGCAAAGAACUGAGAUCACAAAUAGCUGAAACCUUUGGAUUUCAAGAAAACUACAUUAAAAUAGUUAUAAAUAAGAAGCAGCUUCAAUUAGGGAAAACCCUGGAAGAGCAAGGGGUUACACACAAUGUGAAAGCUAUGGUGCUUGAACUCAAACAGUCAGAAGAGGAUGCACGAAGAAAUCUUCAGGAAGAGGAACUAGAGCAAAAUGAAGCUGACAAAAAAGAAAAGAGAAUGCAGAGAACAAAGAGAGGUCUAGAAAUACUGGCACAGAGAGCUGAGACUGUGGAUCCUGAAACAACUCCAUACUUAGAAAUAGCUAAUCAAACAGGCAGAUCAAUCAAAAUACCCACAGCAGAAAAAAAAGCCCUUAUGUUAGCUAUGGGAUACCAUGAAAAGGGUCGUGCAUUUCUGAAAAGGAAAGAAUAUGGAAUAGCAUUGCCUUGUCUGCUGGAUGCUGACAAGUACUUCUGUGAAUGUUGCAGAGAACUGUUGGAUACAGUAGAUAAUUAUGCAGUGCUUCAGCUGGAUAUAGUGUGGUGUUACUUCCGUCUGGGACAGCUGGAAUGCCUUGAUGAUGCCGAAAGAAAGCUAAAUAUGGCCCAGAAAUGCUUUAAAAACUGCUACGGGGAAAACCACCAAAGACUAGUCCAUAUAAAAGGAAGUUAUGGGAGAGAAAAGGUACUAUUUUUAAGACUUUACUUGCUUCAAGGAAUAAGAAACUAUCAUAGUGGUAAUGGGGAGGAGGCUUCUGAAUAUCUCAAUAAGGCACAGCAACUCUAUGAAGAGCUGUCUAUAGAUCCUCUAAAAGUUCACAGUUUGUUACAGUUGGGAUUUACUGCUCAGGAAGCUCGACUUGGUUUGAGAGCUUGUGAUGGGAAUGUAGAUCAUGCUGCCACCCAUAUUACCAACCGAAGAGAGGAAAUUGCCCAAAUAAAGAAAGAGGAAAAAGAAAAGAGAAAAAGACGACUGGAUAACAUAAACUCUUUGAAAGGAAUGGGCUACUCAGCUCAUGCUGCAAAAGAAGCUCUCCACCAGGCAAGAGGAAAUCUGGAUGAAGCACUCAAGAUUCUUCUUAGUAAUCCUCAGAUGUGGUGGCUAAAUGAUGCAGAUCCUGAGACUAGCAACAACCAGGAACAUGUUUCUCAAGAAAAUGUUGAUAAGUUGGUAUAUAUGGGUUUUGAAGCUGAGACAGCCAAAAUAGCCCUCAGAGUAUUUAGAGGAAAUGUUCAACUGGCUGCUCAGACACUUGCCCAUAAUGGAGGAACUCUUCCCCCUGACUUACAAAUACCAUCUGAAGAUUCUUCUUCAACUUCAUCAACAAAAUCCCCUUCAGAUUCUGCUGGUACUUCUAGUGCCUCAACAGAUGAAGAUAUGGAAACAGAGGCAGUGAAUGAAAUCUUGGGUGAUAUUCCAGAACACGAAGAAGAUUAUCUUGACUCAACUCUAGAAGAUGAAGCACUGGUUAUUGCUGAGUACUUAUCCUAUGUAGAGAAUAUAAAAUCAACAAGGCAGAAAAAGUAGAUGACAAAUUGAAAUAAGUACCUUAAUUUUGUGCUUAUAAAUUCUAUCUGUAUAAAAAAAAAUCCAAUUCAGUUCUUCAUUUUUUUUUCUUCCUUCCUAUUGCUUGCUUUGACUACUUGAAUGAUCAUUCCCCAGAGAGGGGACAGGGAAGAUAAAGGAGUAUAAAGGCAAGGACCAGGGAAACCUUAGAAAUGUUGAAUAGUUGGGGAAUGGGGAGAAGGGAGACUGCUCUGGCCUAACCUGCCAUUUCCUUUCUUCAUUUGAGUUUUACCUCCUCACCUUGGUCCUGCUCCUAUUCCCUGCAGGUCCCUAUACUAAAGAAAGCUGUUUGGGGGAGGGGGGAGAAACAAGAAAAAAACAGGGUUUCCCUAACCCCUAGUACAGUCUCUGGCUUUGUAGCUGUGGAGCUUGAUCCUCCUUCCUUUAAGACUGAGCUCUGGGUUCUUUUUUUUCACAUAGUGCCUGUCCUUGCCUCCUAAGCAUUUGUGCCUUCUUUUAUCAACUUGGAUGCUACUGUCACUAAAAUUGUGUUUUAAAUCUCUAUUCCAUAUGCAAAAAAAGCAGGUGAGUAGGCUGCAGGUACAGAAUAAAAUAGUAAAUGCCUAGAGCUUUAAAAUACUUUUGGAUAUAUAGUAAAAUAUGCAUUUGAAAUUCAGGUCAGGAAUUUUUACACAUGCAGCAUUUUUUCACAAUCUUUAUUCAGUUAUUAAGUGGAAAGCAAAACAAUUAUUUUUGAUUAAUCUGUUCUGCAUCUGCACUGUCAUUUAAUAUCAUUGCUAGCAAAGAAGAAAACUAUAUUGUGGAAACAUAUCUAAUGACAGAUUUUUUUUGUAUACUUAUAUUUCAAAAAGUUUAUUUCUAAGGGUAUGUGGUUAAUAUGUUUGAGAGGAAUGAAUAAAUCAUUUUCGUAACACCAAGAUUUCCUAUGUAACAAGUAUAUAAAGGAGAAACUGAGUGCAAGUGUAAUCCUUGGGCACAUCUCAGCCUCCUAAAAGUCAAUGGGAUCCACACUAAUUGAGGGCAAAUGCUGACACCUCCCCUUCACCCCAAAGCCUGAUGGUUGUUGUCAAAAGACUGAAACUACCACAACAGCUUGGGCAGUGGUUUAACUUGAAUGAGAGGGCCAUUUUAUUGUUAUUCACUUCAAAGAGCAUAAUAAAGAUGUGAGGGGGCUUUCUACCUCAUCAAUUUAGCCCUUUUCAAGACUAUUGGAUGGAAAGGUCCUGGCUUGAAAACUGUUAAGGAUUGUGGCUCCUGGAUGAAUCAGAGCUUCAUUUAACCUAUAAGUAAUUCUGUGUAUUCCUCAUGCUUUCUUUGUCCGGAUCCUAUAUCAUUAAUUGGAAUACCCUAGACUUGGAAUUUGUAUAAUCUCAAACCAAAGAAAAAUUAGAAUUUUUUUCAGAUUUGUUGUGCUGCAGCUUUAGAACUACCUGUGGUAGCAAUGUAUGUCAGAGAUAACUGCUAAGAUACCAUUUUGUUUAGGAGAAUGCUGGAGGAAAUCCAUAGGGUGAGGGAAGUCUGUAGUAUACACAUCUGUAAAAUGGGCAUACUUGUACUUUUUUUCCCCCACAAUAUUAUAAACCCUAAAGGGAUUGUUUUGAGUUACUACAAGGUUUUCCACUUACUUAUCAUCUCGGGGCUAAGAAAUUUUAUAGAUGAUAUUUUAAUUGUAAUGGAAAAGAAUUGGCACCCAAUAACAACCUGUUCCUGUCCUUACUGCAUUACCCCUUAAAAAGAUUUGACAGAGAACAAAGAAAAAAAAAAAAAAGCCUAUUCCUUGAAUAAGAACCUGGUCCAAAAUUUAGGAGUUGCUCUUUUAGAUAUAAAAUAAUUUAACAUCUUACUAAAGAAUAGGUGAUUGAAAUUAUAAAUUGGCUUACAGGUUGGUGCAGGAAUGUGGAGUAAGAACCUUGUAUGAAAAGUGAGUAAGGAGCAGGCUGGUCCAUUCAAUUGCAAAAGUGGGUCAGGAAGAAAAAUUGGACAUUCUAAGCCAUUUAGGAAGUGAGUUUUCAGUUCCUGUUUCAAGAAAAUUAGCAGUAGUUGAAAUAGACUCAUCAAUUGGGGAACUGCAAAUGGCAAAGUAUAAGGGAAAGAAUGCAUUGCUUCUCUCACUAUAGCCCAAGAAAAUCACCAGAUGUCCUGAGCAGCUGUUAUAUUCUUGGCACACUUUUAAAUGUUCUAAAAGAGGCUUAAGACAGGACCACCGCCACCCCCUCAAGAAAUCAUGCUGUAAUCUAGAAGAGUGAGGAGCCAAGGAGGUCAUCUUUUUGGAUAAAAGGGAAAAGUCUGGACAAAUGGAUCAAAGAUAUGAAUGAUUAUGUGGUCCUGGAAAAGAAUGGAAGAGGCAGGUUGGAACCUUCCAUGCAGUUAGAGUUGUCAUCCUGGUGGUUCAAAAGGGAUUCCUGUUUAAGUUUUUAGGUAAGCCACUUGGUAACCACUCACUGUGAUGCUUCGGUGCUGUUUUUAAGGUAUUCCUAGGAGUCCCUACUUUUUAAAGAUGCAGUGGGUCCACAUGCCUAUUUCUGAGAAGGUCCAGAUAAUGAUGGAAAUGGAAUGUGUGACACUGCUGAACUAAACUUUUAACCCAUGAAUUUUUGCUGUUAUUACCUAGCACUAAAUGGUGUGUGUUCUACAUAAGAAAAGAAGAAUUGUUCUACAUCUGAAAGGUCCCCGACAACCCAUUCUGGUCUGCCUUUCUGAUGAGUCUUUACCUGAACAGUUAAAGGAAGAGAGUUCACAUCACAUAUUCCUUUCUUACCUCCCAUGCAUGGUACAGCAAAACAGCAUCUUGCUAAUCUCCAUCAGGAAAUAGUGAUCCAUUCACGGACGUCUUGUGCACAGACAUCCCAGAGGGCAGAGAUGCCUUGCUUUGUCAACUCCAAGUUCAUUUCUUGCAGAGAGUAAGUACUUAAAAGUUUGUUGAUGGUAUGAGAUCUCAAAAAGUCAGCCAACUUCUUGAAAGCAGUCUCUCUCUUUCACAUCCUCGAUGAUGCCUGACAUAAUGAUAGUGCUGAAGUCCUCAAAAUAUGUCAGACCCACUCCCUGCUCCAUGGGGACUGAUCUGUCCUCCCACUUCUUCAACACUCAGUUCUAUCAUGAGGCCCUCCCCAAUUAUUCUGACCUUCAAAGAUCUUUCUGCCCUAAACCCUAACACUUAUUCUUCUAUUAAUAUCUUGCAUGAUUUAAAUCUGCAGAAGAGUAGAUUUCAAUUGUCUUGAAGGUUAGGAUUAUGUCUUAUGACCUACCUUUGGCACAUCAUUAUUCUAUUAAAGUUGUUGACUGAGAACCCUGGAAUAGGGUCCGUUUUCCGAUUAGAUGCAGCUGAGCGCUUCUUUUAUUUUUUUUUCUUUUCCCCACAUAAAACAAGGGAGUCCCUCCCCCAAACCAGGAAGCUAUAGACAUUCAUUUAUUUUUACAGACCUUCAUUUUCUCCUAGAUUUAGAAAUCAAAACACAAGGUCCUCCAAGUCCUUUUUCUAUUUUCACAUCACCCAAAUUAUUCAGUUCUCUGGAAAUCUAUAUGAAUAGAGGUGCAUGAUUAUGGAGAUAGUCCAUAGACAAGUUAAGUAGUCAUUCCAGACACCACAAUCCCUCUUGUGGGCUAGGCAGAAUUGGGUGUCCUGAGAGACCCCAAUGGACAUCAAGCUGAGAGGUCCUGAUUUUGUAGCUAGAACAUAAUAAAGGUGGCACAAGACAAAUGUUGCUCCAAACUGAAGAGUUUGGAAGGAAGGUAUCAUGAAAUAGAAUUUUAGAGCCAGGAGGAACCAUAGAAUAAUAAAUGGAAAUAUUCCCUGGUGCAGUUCAGAUUAGAUCAAAACAUAAUUGGGAAAUAUUUAGCAAAAUAUAUAGAGAGCAAAACAUAAGGUAGUGUCCUAAGUUAACAAGCAGUUCACAGGAAUUCUUACAUACGAUUCAGUUACCCUUGUUUCUUUUGGAAUUUGACUUCACUAGUUUAAAGGAUUUUUAAGGUUCCUGUGAUUCUACAUGUCCUGAUCCACCUAAUUAUAUACAAACUGGGAGCCCAUGGCUCAGAAAAGUUAACUUGUCCAAGGUCACUCGGGGCCUUGGGAGAGAGGUAGGCCUCCAAAGUAUAUGACUUUGGAGUCCAACCUUCCUUACCUGUGUUUAGCACACUCCUCUGCACAAAACUUAAAACUUAGCUCUAUAAUAAUAGAGGAUUAAAUCGAGAAAAGCAUAUCAAGAGAGUAUGGUUAGCAAAUAACAUAUAUUCCAAAUUUCUAUCAAGUUUCUUCAUAGAAAA